GCGGCGGCUGAGGCUGAGGCUGAGGCUGAGGCUGAGGCUGUACCCUUUUGCUGCGGCCUGUCACCAUUGCCGUGGAGCGGCUGCACGGAGGCAGAAAUGCCGCUGCUGGACCGGGGCCUGCUCUGGCUAAGCCUGCUCCUGGGCUCCUGCGUUUCUCUUGGGUCAGCGGCUCAGGGCAACAAUACCAAAGAUACUCUGAAUGUCCUUCUAAUCAUUGUGGAUGACCUGCGCCUCUCCUUGGGCUGUUAUGGGGACAAGCUCAUAAAGUCCCCAAACAUCGACCAACUGGCAUCCCACAGUCUCCUCUUCCAAAAUGCCUUUGCCCAGCAAGCAGUGUGUGCCCCAAGCCGAGUGUCGUUCCUCACCGGGAGGAGACCUGACACCACGCGCCUAUAUGACUUCAACUCCUACUGGAGAGUACAGGCUGGAAACUUCUCCACCAUCCCCCAGUACUUCAAGGAGAAUGGCUAUGUGACUAUGUCCGUUGGAAAAGUCUUUCACCCUGGAAUAUCUUCUAAUCAUAGUGAUGAUUCUCCAUAUAGCUGGUCUGUUCCACCUUAUCAUCCCUCCUCUGAAAAGUAUGAAAAUACUAAGACAUGCAGAGGGCCAGAUGGAGAACUCCACGCCAACCUGAUUUGUCCUGUGGAUAUGGCAGAUAUACCCGAGGGUACCUUGCCUGACAAACAGAGCACCGAGCAAGCCAUACAAUUGUUGGAAAAAAUGAAAACAUCUGCCAGUCCUUUCUUCCUGGCUGUUGGGUAUCACAAGCCACACAUACCCUUCAGAUACCCCAAGGAGUUUCAGAAGUUGUACCCCUUGGAGAACAUCACCCUGGCUCCUGAUCCCCAGGUCCCUGCUGGCCUCCCUCCUGUGGCCUAUAACCCUUGGAUGGACAUCAGGCUACGGGAGGACGUUCAAGCUUUAAACCUAAGUGUUCCCUAUGGCCCAAUUCCUGUGGACUUUCAGCGGAAAAUACGCCAGAGCUACUUUGCCUCUGUUUCCUACUUGGAUACACAGGUUGGCCACCUUUUGAGUGCUUUGGAUGAUUUUCAUCUGGCCAACAGUACUAUUGUUGCAUUUACCUCAGAUCAUGGAUGGUCUCUAGGUGAACAUGGACAAUGGGCCAAAUACAGUAAUUUUGAUGUCGCUACUCAUGUGCCCCUGAUGUUCUAUGCUCCCGGAAGGACAGCUCUGCUUCCAGAGGCAGGCAAGAAGCUUUUCCCUUACAUCGACCCUUUUGAUCCUGCCUCAGAAUUGAUGGAGCCAGGGGACAUAUCAGUAAAAACAUUGCUGCGUGAAAUAUCCGAGAUUUUCCUGCCAAUGUUCUCCUCUAGGAUUUUAACGGUGUCAUGAAGGCAUUUUUGUAUACUAACAAUGAAACAGCAGAAGCAGAAAUCAAGAAAAGAAUCUCAUUCGAUAUAGCAAAAAGAAAAAUAAAAUAUCUGUGAAUAAACCUAACCAAGGAGGUAAAAGACCUGUAUGCAGAAAACUACACAACACUGAAGGAAGAAAUCAAGGAAGACACAAACAAAUGGAAAUAUAUACUGUGUUCAUGGAUUGGAAGAAUUAUCAUCAUCAAAAUGUCCAUACUACCCAAAGCAAUUUACAGAUUCAAUGGAAUAUCUAUUAAAGUACCAGUGGCAUAUUUCACAGACAUAGAACAAACACUUCAAAAAUUUAUAUGGAACCAUAAGCGACCCUGAAAAGCGCUGCAAUUUUGAGAAAGAAGAACAAAGUUGGAGGGAUCACAAUACCUGAUACCAAACUGUAUUACAAGGCCACUGUAAUCAAAACAGCCUGGUACUGGCAUAAAAAUAGGCACAUAGAUCAAUGGAACAGAACAGAGAGUCCAGAAAUAAACCCAAGUCUCUAUGGGCAAUUAAUAUUCAACAAAGGGAGCAGUAACAUAAAAUGGAAUAAAAAUAGCCUCUUCAACAAAUGGUGUUGGGAGAACUGGACAGCUACGUGCAAAAAAAAUGAAACUUGAGCAUCAGCUUAUACCAUACACCAAAAUAAAUUCAAGACGGAUAAAAGACUUAUUAAUAUAAGUCUUGGGUACUUUCCAUGCUUUGGGUCAGGGAGGAGUAGCAGCACUAGAGCUGACAAUUAUGGCCCCUGUUCUCGAGCCAUGGAUUGCAGGGAUGGUUGGAGACAAAGGAGUACGAGGCAUUCCCAGGAUUGAGAAGGCUCUCAAACAGGAGACAGACAACAACAGCCUACUCCAGAGCUCAUAUGAAGCAGGUAGCAGACUCAACCAGGGCAGGGGCUCUCCCUACCAACCCCCAGCAAUGAGUAGAAGUCUAUUACCUACAUACUUUUGGCAGGGAUUUGGCCCUUUGUGAGAGAGACAGACAUUUGUGAUGUCUGAUGAGAGUCAGCUCAUCAUUCUAGUGAACCACUAGAUCUGUAACAUUACCAGGUAAUUCUCCUUCUGCCCUCUCUACAGUGGAGGUGAAGUUAACUUUGACUUCCAGCUUCCAGUCCUUCCAAGUUUUGAAAACAACAUAAUAUUCUCUUCUCUAGGCCAAAACCCUUAAUCCUUUAGCUGUUCCUUUAGCUGUUCUUCUCAAGAUAGUGUGAUACCCAUGGUUAUCCUGUUUUCUGUCUUCCAAAAUGUUCCAGAUGGGAAGGCACUUUCAGAAAUGUUCUUUGGGCAUGUUCCCCUCCCAGCUGUAUAGGUGGCCCAAUGGUUUUGUUGUUAGUUUUUUCCUGACUUGAUCCGCUCAGUGCAGAAAUGCUCAGAUCACUUUAGACAUUUUUCAAUAUCUAGGGCUUUUUUCCUAUGAAGUUUGCUAAAGCAGGUCGCCCCCUUUCUGGAGUUCUGCAUUUAAUCCAUCUUUAACAUCUACAUUAUGUACUUUAUGUUGAUUCCUAUUUAAAAUUUUCCUGGUUUCGGACCAUCGUUCUGGCUUUCUGGAUCUUUCCAAGUUUGCUUUCUACUGCCCAAUUUCAUUUUCUGUACAUUUAAUUUUUAUGUACUCUAUGCUCUGUCUUAUUUCAUGUCAUUGAUAAAAAGUGUUAAAAGUUUAAAGGCAUGAUUAUAGUCCUUUGUUUAUUUGUAGAAGUCUUCUGAGAAGUUGAGAAUCUUCUUUGAAACUUUUGUUCAGAACUGUUUGGCCACUCAUAAAUUCAUAAAUUCAUACACUGUCAUCCAGUUUAUUCCCAAAUUUCUCUCUAUAUCUCUUCUCUAAACUUGAAACUUGGGUUUCCAGCUGCCUGUCUACCUAGACAGUCUUACAUGCCUAAAGCCAAACUUCUGACCUUUCACCUCAAGCCUUUCCUUUAAUAGUCUCCCUCUUCUCAGGAAAUUGUAGUAGUCUUUCAGGCCAAAAAUUUUGGAGUCAUUUGUACCCAUCUUUCUCUUAUAUUCCAUAUGCGAUAUUCAUUGCAUCAAUAAGCCUGUCACUCUCCAUUCAGAAUCUGUUGAUAAUAUUUCUCACCACUUCACUGCUGCCACUGUGGAUCACAGUGCCACUGUUUCUUGCUGGAUUACUACAAUAGCUUGCAAAGGUCUCCUAAGUGUGCCCUUGAUCCCCUAGAGUUUUUCUUCCUCACAGUAGCCAAAGUAAUCAUUGAAAAAUCCAAGUCAUAGGGGAAAAAUGGGGAGGGAUUUUGAGGAAC